AUGACGAGGCAGCCUGCUCCAGCAGAGAAGAACAGGCCGAUCGUCCUGCCCGUGGGUUUGACCGCUGCCACCCUGGCCGUUGCCCCCGUCCGCCUCGACAGGGAGAAGGUGCUCCAAGGGAGGCCCCAGGACGAAGACCGAGCAAAGGACUUGGCCAAAACCAACCAGCUUGACUUCUGGUAUCCAGAUCCAGCCCACCAUGUGGCUGCUAACUUGAGGGUGGAUUUCCGAGUUAGUGAAAAGGAACCCCAGUCCAUCCAGUUUGCCUUGGAUCAAAAUAAUAUGCACUAUGAAAUCUUGAUUCAUGAUCUACAAGAAGUGAUUGAGAAACAGUUUGAUGUUAAAGAAGAUAUCCCAGGCAAGCACAGCUAUACAAAUACAAUACCGGGACAAAUUGUUGCUUGGACUGAAAAAAUGGUGCAUAACCAUCCUGACAUGGUCUCUCGUAUUAAAAUUGGAACCACUGUUAAAGAUAACCCACCGUAUGUUCUCAAGAUUGGGAAAAGGGAUGGAAGAAGAAAGGCUAUUUUUACAGACUGUGGCAUCCACGCCCGAGAAUGGAUCCCCCCAGCAUUCUGCCAGUGGUUCGUCUAUCAGGCAACCAAAACUUAUGGAAAAAACAAAAUUAUGACCAAAAUCCUGGACCGAAUGGAUUUUUAUGUUCUUCCUGUGUUCAACGUUGAUGGUUAUAUUUGGUCAUGGACACAGAACCACACGUGGAGAAAAAAUCAUUCCAGGAACCGAGGCUACAGGUGCAUCGGCUCUGAUCUCAACAGGAACUUCAAUGCUUCGUGGACUGCCAAAGUUGCAAAGAUCAGCACCGAUGUUUUAUCAACUCAAUAUUAAACCAGCUACACCUAUGGCCCAAUAGCAUCAACAAUUUACCCAACAUCAGGUUCAUCUUUAGACUGGGCUUACAACUUGGGCGUCCAACACGCAUUUGCCUUUGAGCUCCGAGAUAAAGGCAAAUUUGGUUUUCUCCUUCCAGAAUCUCAGAUGAAGUCAACCUGCAAGGAGACCAUGCUAGCUGUCAAGUUUAUUGCCAAGUAUAUCCUCAGGCAUGCUUCCUAA